CCCUGCAGAAAAACGUUGGUGGCUGAAGGGCAGCACGCCCCUCUGCAGCCAGAGCUUUGGGAUGGCAGCGAGGAGAGGGAAGACAGCGAGGGGACCGGGGCCGGCAGCAGCGAGCAGGCAGCUACAGGAAACUGCAGCCUCCGGUGAUAAAUAGGAGACCGGGGAGCACAGGAUGCGCGUAGGGCGAGCGCGGUGGGGCGAGGGGAUGUGAGCCGGCGGCUGGCGUGUCCCUCCAUCCCACCCUUCGUCCGUCCAGCCGGCGGGAUGGCCGCGGCCCGGCUGCUGCUGCUGCUGCUGCUGCCGCUGCUGCCGCGGGGCUCCGGCGGGGAGGAGGCCGAGGCCGAGGCCGAGGUGGUGUGCGCCGGCACCGCCUGCUACACCCUGCACCGGGCCGAGCUGGGCUGGAGCGCGGCCCAGGAGCGCUGCCACCACAACGGCGGCAACCUGGCCCCGGCGCGCAGCCCUGGCGAGGCUGAGCGGCUGCAGGAGCUGCUGGCCAUGGCCGGCUGGCUGGACCCGGCGUGGAUCGGGCUGUCGCUGUCACGGGGCCGCUGCGUCCAGCCGCAGGAGCCAUUGCGGGGCUUCGCCUGGGCAGCCGGCGGGGACCCCGGCAACUACUCAGCCUGGCUGGCCGAGCCGGCCGUCACCUGCCUCAGCGCCCGCUGCGUCAGCCUGCGGCCCGCCGGGCCCUGGGGCCCCGCUGGCUGGGCCGACCGCCCGUGCCGGGCGCUGCUGCCCGCCUUCCUCUGCAAGUUCAGCUUCCGCGGGAUGUGCGGGCCCCUGCCACUGGCCGGGCCCAGCCGGGUGGCCUACACCACCCCCUUCGGGGUGCGCAGCUCCCGCCUGGCUGCGGCCCCCUUCGGCACGCUGGCAGAGGUCACCUGCGAGGGGGGCGAGGGACCCACCUUCGCUCUCUGCAAGGGGCCGCUGGAGGGGGGCGGCUUCGCCUGGCACCCCCCCGGGCCCCUCUGCCCUGCCGCCUGCGCCCACCGCAACGGGGGCUGCCAGCACCGCUGCCUGGAGGCGCCUGGGGAGGCCCCGCGGUGCGCCUGCCACCCCGGCUACGUCCUGGCCCCCGACAUGGCCUCCUGCCUGCCCGAGGAUGCCUGCCAGCCCAAUCCCUGCCAGGGGACCUGCCGGACUCGGCCCGGUGGCUUCGAGUGUGGCUGCGAGGCCGGCUACGCCCUGGCACCCGAUGGCCGCAGCUGCCUGGACAUGGACGAGUGCCUGGCCGGGCCCUGCCAGCACGAGUGCCACAACACAGCCGGCAGCUUCGUCUGCCUCUGCCGGCCCGGCUACCAGCCGGCCGGGACGGAUGGCCACCUCUGCCGCGAUGAGGACGAGUGUGCCCGGCCUGGCGUCUGCCCCCAGCUCUGCCUCAACAUCCCCGGCUCCUUCCACUGCGCCUGCCAGCCCGGCUACCAGCGCCAGCCCGGCGGUGGCGAUGCCUGCCUGGACGUAGAUGAGUGCCUGCGGGAUCCCUGCCCCGGGCCCUGCCGCAACCUGCCCGGUGGCUUUGAGUGCCUCUGCCUGCCUGGCUUCGUCCUGGAGGAGGAUGGACAUGGCUGCCGCCCCGCAGCCACCACCGGAGAGGAGCCCACGGGGGCCCCCAACAGCACCCUGCGUACCACAGGUGUCCCACGGACCAGGGGCACCCUGCAGACCGCAGGCAGCCUCCAGACCGCAGGUGCCCCAUGGACCACCGGCAUCCCCCGGACACUGGGCAUCGCCACCGGGGCAAUGCUGCCAGCCCCCACGGCAGUAGGGUCAGCGCCCGGCCCCGAGCACAGCACCGACGGCCCCCGGCUGCUACUCUACUACAUCCUGGGCAGCCUCGUAGCGAUCCUGCUGCUGAUGGCCUUUGCCCUGGCCCUGCUUGCCUGCAGGAAGAGGGCGGCCAAGCGGGAGAAGCGGACAGCCAAAAAUGCAGCGGACAACUACUGCUGGGUGCCGGAGCAGCCGGAGAGCCAUAGGGUGGGCGGCGAGUGCAGGUAAUGGUGUCCAAGGCAGCAAGGCGGGGGAGCAGAGCCUCAGUGACAGAGAACAUCUUUUUCGCAAACUGAAAAAAAAAAGAAAAGGGAUGGGGAUGGGGACGGGGCGAUGCUGUCUGUUCAACAUGGCAUGUCCGGGAGCCUGUUCUGGGGUUCCUUGCAAAGCGGGAGCUGAUCUCUCCUGCAAAGGCAGGUCUGGGCGCUGGGUGGGAAGGCAGCCCAAAUCAGCCCUGCGGUUUACAAACCAGCCACCGCUGCCGCGAGAGAAGGGUUAACUGGGACAGUGCUGCCAGGUGGAGAGAGGGAAUGGGAUUGAAUUUGCCUGCCAGGGCUGCCCCUCAACUCUGCAGGACCCCACUGUGCUUCAAAAUAGCAAAUUAUAAGUUUUGAUUUGCCUUCCAAACUGGUUAAUUUCAUUUUUCAUUUGGUCUCCCCUACCUGUAUUUCAAAUGCCAAGGUGCAAAAGCAGCAGCUUCCCUGCCCCAUCCCUGCACAGCCCCCCCAGCCCCCCAGACUUUGUCAUCCAAAAGCAACACCAGUCCCCCUGCUCUCGCCUCCCUGGCAGCAGACAGCCUGCAUUCAACCCUCGGUUUUGCCUUGUUCUCAUUGAAAUAGGUUUGAAAUUCUUCUCUGUUCCACCAGGGCAAGAAUUGGUCUCUGCAGCCACAAGCAGGGUUGUUUAUUUUUAUUUUAAUUAAAAAUGUCACAUCAGAGGUAACUGAAUAAACCUUUUUAAAACUACAGCAGCAGAGGGCUUCUCCAGGGGAGCAGGCACUGCCAGGUUAGCGGAGCUUUCAUUCCUGCAGCUCCCCAGGCCUGGGUAGGGAGUGCAAUCACGCUGAGUACUGGGGGGGGGGGGGGGGUGGCGCAAAACCUCCAGCCCCCAUCCCCGAGCGCACACAGCAUGGGGAGUGCUGUUCAGCUUGGCCUUGUAGAUGAGGGGCCAAGACCAGAGGAUAUAUGGUAAAAAGGUAUGAAAAACUGUGCUUAGAAGAACCACCUCUGUUUCUGGUGUAUUCAGCUUAAAACUACUUGCAAAAUACGGAAGACAGUGCUCCCCUUCAAAUGCAGCUGGAUGAGAGACUGGAUUUUUCCUGCUGGAUCAUACUUUUUGGGUAGAACCCCUUCCCGAAGCCCAGGGUCCAGGCUGUGUGUGUUUUCCAUUCCUCCCCCUGCAAAGAAUACACUGGAUGUUGUAUAUUUGCUAAUUAUUAUAUAUAAGACUUCUAACCUCUCUUCAAAGCAAAUGCUUUCUCAAGGCUAAGUUGUUCCCCAGUUUUCCCCAGGUACCCAACUUCAGAGGGCUGUUUAUACCGGGCCAUGAAUGAAGCCUCUUUGAGCUGUUCCAGCGUGAAUCCUCCCCAAAAAACUGAGUGGCACAGAGGCAGUCCUGCUUGCCAUCAGGCAGUGCUAGCUUCAUUAUUUGCCCGUGCUCUACAAGGCAAAAAGGUUCUAGAGAAGAACAGACAUGUGAUUUGAACGGCACAUAGGUUUCCUGAGGUUUCUGCUCGUUUCAUUGUAUGCUCGAGGCUUAAUGGCUGCAGAAAUGGGAACUGAACACAAAGGAGUUUGCUGUAGGCAGCGACCUGCAUCCUGUUCUUCCAUGUGUGGAGGAAAACCCUUUCCUGCUGUUUUUUCUUGUCUUCAUGUCUCCAUUGUAAAAUUAAAAGAAUGCCAAAACACAACAACACAGGAAAAUGUAGCUGAUAGAAAUGUUUCUAAUGUUCUGUCUGUGCUUCCUUUUCUCCACACAGUGGCUGGGAGAAGCAAUGAAUGCAGCAGUGGCCUUCUUAGAAGUCCCACUGAAAAUUCAUGCCCUGUCUGUGUUAUGACAAGCUGGCAAAGCAUUUCAAAUGCAUGAAUAAAUUAUGCAAAUGAGAAACCAUACCGAAAUUGGUGAGACAACCUACAUACAUAAAAUUAUGCCUGCGCUGUUGGGCUAUGCCGACUCAGGGUCUGCGUGAGGAAAAGGCAGUCGCAGCACCAUGCCUCACAUUGCAGGGCACUAACUGCUUGGUCUGCUUUAUCAAAAGCUGAGGUGUUUUCCAGAUGUUAAUAGUCUCGGGGUCUUUCUGCCUUAGUUUUCAGUUAAGUUAUCAAUUAAUUGUUGUAUCUAACACUUAUUCCACUAUGAAAAAGGGAAAAGGAAGCGUAAACAGAGGCUCAGAGCUGGUACAAAUCUGAGACGUGCUAUUUAUUCCAGAAUUCCUCGCUAAAACCUAUAAUCCUGAUUUCUGUUAUGACCUUUGUGUAUUCCAGUAUGCGUACUGUAUUACCAGUGGAGUACGGUAGUGAGUCCAGCCUAGGGAAGGCACUACUUUGUGCCUGGGUUUAGUUUGGGCUCUCUCGGGUGGAUUAUUUCCUGAUGUAGCAUCCUUCACCCUGGUGCAGUUACACCUGGAUAAUCUCAUCUCUCCCUUUCUUCCUGCCACGAACCCAGCAGGAACGUUUUGAUCCAUGUCCUCGUUAGAGAGUUAUCCAGGGCCCCAUGAAUCCCAUGGACUGAAGCAAAUGUGAAUGGCACCAGAUAGUUUGGUACCCUGUCUUAAAGGAGACAGGACACUCAUCCUGGCCCAAGGUGGUUUUACCGUUGUGCCUGGGGCAGCUACCUCUGCUCCCUGUUCCCUCCAUACACAUGAGGUGCCAUUAUAAGCAAGACCUAUACUGUCCUGCUGUCGCCAUGGCAGGACGGGUUAGCCAACAUGUCCAAAAUGCUUGUAGAUAUCAACUGGUUUGUAAUGAAGUAAGUGUUAUAUUCUUACGGUCCAGAAUUAAGACACUCCUUGUCCUUCAUGGCAGCGGCACGUCAGGACUGAGUCGACUUUGUCUUUGACUAAAAGGAUAAGGUUAUCCCACACAUUGAAUAACACCAUAUGUUGCUUUUCUGAUGAAACACCAAUAAAAUCUAAAUAGAAUGCG